CAAAACAAACCGGCAAAUGUGAUUAAUUGUUAUUCUUGUGAACUGAAUUAGUUUUAAUUGUUUUGUGAUUAUUUGUUGUCUUUCUUUUUCUUUUUGGUUGAUUGAGAUUUGAACUCUUUUCCCUUUUGGUUUAUCGAGAUGGUUAGUCUAUUGAAUCUGUUGAAAGUUGAUUCGGAUGAGCAAAUCACUUGUUCAUUUAUUGAAAGCUUUUAUUAUGAUUCUAUGAAAUCAUCUGGUUCUUAUUCAAAAUUAAUUCAACCCUUGGAAUUGAAUCAAUAUUUGGAGAAAUUUUUAUGGCCUUUGUAUAAAGAUAAAGGAAUUGAUAAUGUUGGCCAUCUUAUGUCAAUUGUUACUAUGGUUAAUCAAAAAUUUCGUGAACGAGUUGCUGCUUGGGAAAUAUUUGUCUCUUCUCCUGAUCAGUUUGACCAUUUUUUCACCAAUGUUUGUAAAUUAUCUUUGGCUGAGAAAAAAUCUUUAAAUAUGAAAGAAAGACGAUCAAUAAUCAUCUUUUUUGACCAUUGUUUCAAUAGUGUUGAAGUGGACCUGAUUAGAGAUACAAUCCAAAAGUUUGCCUCAUUUCCUAUUUGGGUUUGCCUUUCAGAGAAUCGCCGAGAAGAUGAAUUUAAAGAAGCUCCGAAAUUGAAAAAAUACUGGAAUGUAUUAAAGAAAAAAGAUUCCAAAUUGGAUGCAAAAUCGUUGGAAAAGGCAACAUUUGAACGUGAAUUUCUUUGGAAUUUAAUUCAACAGUUUUUUCGUUUUCUGGCUACUGUACCUGGCCAAGAAGAUGUUGAACAAUUGGAUAAAGUUCAGCUGAAUGUGGUCAGUUAUUGUGAAAGAUUUCUUGAAUUUCUUAUCGAUUUGGAAGCACUUCUACCAACAAGACGAUUUUUCAACGCAAUUCUUGAUGAUACUCAUACUGUAAUUAUCUGUCGUCGAUCAGCACUUGCUAAACGAUUAAAAGAAGGUCACCUUUUCAAUCAGCUCUUGGAAAUCCUGACAUUUUAUAGUAAAUUUGAGAUCGACGAUAUUACGGGAAAAUCUUUAACUCAAAAAGAUGUAAUGAAAAAACACUAUGAUAUGAUGACGAAACUUCAAAUUCUCACCUUCAAACAUUUCGAACCAUUGAAAAACUUUUACCUUAGUAACAUCGCCUCUGUUGAUACCUCACAAAAACUUGUCCAGUGUUUCAAGCAGCUCAAUGAUGAUGAACUCGUCAAACUGAUGACCAUGUUAAACUUAAUUUCUGCAUCAUCCAACUCAAAAUCAAUUUCUCGUGACCUGUUUCUCGAUAUUAUCGCCUCCAAAUGUGGUCGAGUUAUCUCUCAACUAGAAGCUCUCAAUGAGAUGCCACUUUAUCCAACAGAGGAAAUAAUUUGGGAUGAAAAUUUGGUACCAAAUCAAUAUUUCGACAAUGAUUCCUGUUUAGCUUUACCCAAACUUAACCUACAAUUUCUUACCCUUCACGAUUAUCUUUUACGUAAUCAUACUUUCCGUUUAGAAUCAACUUUUGAGAUUCGUCAAGACAUUGAAAGUUCAGUUUCUCGAAUGAAACCUUGGCGUCGAGAAGAUGGUGUCCCAAUGUUCGGAGGUUGGGCAAGAAUGGCAAUUGGAAUAGACAAUUUUGUUAUCGUUGAAGUUGCCAAACCAAACAUUGGAGAAAAAGCUCCAUCACGAGUUCGAGCGGAGAUACGAGUAAAUUUAAAUGUUCGCCAUGAAAUUAAACGAGAAUGGGAGUCACUUCGAAAACACGAUGUUUGCUUUCUAAUCACCGUGGAACCCACAGUUGCCCCUGGAACGUCGUAUAAGUACAAAGAACCAUUUAAACCGCAAGUUGGCCUUAAAUAUGUUCGUGGAUGUGAAAUUGAAGGGAUGCUUGAUCCACUUGGAAAACUGAUCGAUGAAUCAACUAUGGAAAGGCCACAUUUUGACACUGAUUUUCGUACCUAUAGAGUUUGGCUUGAUUGUAAUCAAUAUUAUCAGGAUAAUGUUAAUUUAAAAGAUGGACAGGAAAGUGUUUACGACACAUUCAACAUUCUACUUAGACGAAAACCGAAAGAAAAUAAUUUCAAAGCGGUUCUUGAAACUGUUCGCGAUCUAAUGAAUUCAGAGUUCGUUGUACCCGAUUGGCUUCAUGACAUUAUCCUUGGAUAUGGUGAUCCCUCUGCUGCUCAUUAUACAAACAUUUCCACUAACAAUGAGUUGAUUAACUUUAACGAUACCUUUUUAAAUUAUGAUCAUCUGAUUGAAUCUUUUCCCGCUUAUAGCGUUUCAUCACCAGUUCACGAAUCAAAACUUAUUCCUCCAUUUAAACUUAAAAUUGACGAGAAAGAAAAAAAGAUUGAAGCUGUCCCAUUUGUACUACCCAAUCGUGGACCCUAUCCUGCUGCCCAGCCCAAGAAAAAUACAGUCCGAUUCACACCUACCCAAAUAGAGGCCAUUAAAAGUGGCGUCCAUCGAGGAUUAACACUAGUUGUCGGUCCACCAGGAACAGGUAAAACCGAUGUCGCUGUACAAAUAAUAUCAAACUUGUACCAUAACUUUCCCCAACAACGAACACUCAUUGUAACCCAUUCUAAUCAGGCCUUAAAUGCGUUGUUUGAGAAAAUAAUGGCCUUGGAUAUAGAUGAAAGACAUUUACUUCGUUUGGGUCAUGGAGAAGAAGAAUUGGACACAGAGAAAGAUUUCAGUCGAUAUGGUAGAGUUAAUUAUGUUCUCAAAAAACGGAUCGAACUCUUGGAAGAGGUCAGUCGAUUAGCGACAAGUCUUGGAGUCACAGCCGAUGUCGGUUAUACGUGUGAGACGUCAAACUAUUUUUACCUUUAUCAUGUUCUCUCCCGUUGGGAAGAGUUUCAAUCCAAGUUGAGUAAAAGUGCUAGAGGACCGGAAGAUGUGGCCAAACUGUUUCCGUUUGAUAAAUUUUUUGCCACAGCACCUCAGCCUAUUUUCAAAAAGGUCACUUUUGAACAAGACUUGGAAAUUGCCAAAGGAUGUUACAGACAUUUAAAGAAAAUUUUCACUCAAUUGGAGGAAUUUAAAGCUUUUGAAAUGUUACGUUCAGGUGUUGAUCGAAGUCGUUAUCUUCUUGUUCGAGAAGCUAAAAUAAUCGCCAUGACCUGUACUCAUGCCGCUUUAAAGAGACGUGAAUUGGUUGAGAUUGGAUUCCAAUAUGAUAAUAUCUUAAUGGAAGAAGCUGCUCAGAUACUAGAGAUUGAAACAUUUAUCCCGCUUUUGCUGCAAAAUCCCGAACAUGGUCACAAUCGUCUGAAAAGAUGGAUUAUGAUUGGUGAUCACCAUCAACUACCUCCGGUCAUAAAAAAUAUGGCCUUCCAAAAGUUCAGCAACAUGGAGCAAUCACUUUUCACUCGACUUGUGCGACUUGGUGUAUCAACUAUUGAACUAGAUGCUCAGGGACGAUCAAGGCCGAGUCUUUGUUCACUUUUCCGUCAACGAUAUAAACAGUUAGACGAUUUACCUCACACCAAAUUAAUGUCAAAAUCAUUUCCAGUUAAUCCAGGAUUUCUUCAUGAUUAUCAACUUAUCGAUGCAGAUUUCAAUGGGGUCGGAGAAUCUGAGCCAAUCCCCUACUUUUAUCAGAAUUUAGCUGAAGCCGAAUACGUGGUUGCAACCUACAUGUUCAUGCGUUUGAUUGGUUAUCCAGCCGAAAGUAUUACAAUUCUUACAACAUAUAAUGGACAAAAGCAUUUGAUCAGAGACGUAAUCGCCCAAAGAUGUGCCAAAAAUCCGUUCAUUGGCUCUCCUUCAAAGGUAACUACUGUAGAUAAAUUCCAGGGCUUGCAGAAUGAUUUUAUUUUACUUUCCUUGGUUCGAACAAAAACUGUUGGACAUUUACGAGACGUGAGACGUUUAAUUGUCGCCAUGUCCAGAGCUAAAUUUGGACUUUACAUAUUCGGUCGAGUUUCUUUAUUCAAAAGUUGCAUUGAAUUAUCUCCAACAUUCAACCUUCUUCUUCAACGACCAACUGCUCUUCAUAUAUUUCCAGAAGAAAAUUAUCCAACUACAGUUUCCGAUCGAUCUCAACCAACGAUCUUUAAUGAAAUGACAGCAAUGGUCCAAUUUGUUUACGAUUUUCAUGCUAAAAAAGUUGAAGAAUGGAAAAAAACCCGACCAGAGAUGUUCCAAAUUCUUGAACAAAAUCAAGCCAAUGAUGAAAAUCAAGAAGAAAAUGAAGAGGAUACAAAAAUGGAAGAUCAACCAACUGAAGUGACAAAGGAAAUAAAAGAUAAUACUGAAGGAGGAGAUCAAGAAGAUGAAGAAAAAGAUGAUGAUGAUGAUGAUGUUCCUUUUGAGAAACUAGCUCCCGAUGAUACAGGAAUUGACGAUAAAAUUGAGAUAGACGUUGAUCCUUGAAUGAAAAAUCUGAUCUUCUAAAAAAAUGAAUCCCGAUUGUAAAAAACAACUUGAGCCAAAGUUAAUUGUAAAUAUUGAAAAGACAACAAUGAAUAUUGUGAAAAAGCAUGUUUAUUAAAUGGCAAUUAUAAAUCAAA